CCAGCUUUUUUUCUUGGGCUGUAUGCAAAAUAAUUUUUUUUCUCCUUAUAACAUGCUUUUUUGGCUUACUGAACGUGCAUGAAUGUUUUUUUUGGCUGUGGUCGUGUGAAUGAAUUUUUUGGGGUUACAGGUUUGCUUGCAGGAUAUUUUCUUCAAAAUCACUCACCCCUCUUCAAAAGUCAAACGUUCCCCCCUACCCCACCCCCUUCCGACCUUUAUAGAACCAAGUAUUUUGGUUGCCACGCAACGUGACAUGACGCGACGUCGAUUUGGCUUGCCACCCGUAAACUCGUUCCCAGGCUCUCUCUCCUCUGCCUCCCUUGGUCGUUGCACCUGUUGAUCUGCUUGUCGGCGGACAGUAGCUGACAGUAUGUCAGAUGAAGAUAACUUGUGGAUAUUUGGUUAUGGAUCGUUGACCUGGAAGGCUAAUUUUCCCUUCGCUAGUAAAGUUCCAGGCUUCAUUGAGGGAUACGAACGUCGAUUUUAUCAAGGUAGCAGCGAUCACAGAGGUGUCCCAGAGAAGCCUGGAAGGGUAGUUACUCUUCUUGAAAAUCCUGAGGAAAAAGUAUGGGGAACUGCCUAUGAAAUUGCAGCAAAAGACAUACCAAAAGUGAUUGACUACCUUGACUUUCGAGAGAAAAAUGGUUACAAAGCUACAUGGGUGACAUUUCAUCCAAAGGAUUUGCACAGAUGUCCUUUCCAAGCAAAGAUAUACAUUGCAACACCUUGCAAUGAAUUUUAUCUUGGACCUGCCCCCUUAUCUGAGAUUGCUGAACAAAUUUUACAGUCCAAAGGUCCCAGUGGCACAAACACUGAGUACCUCAUGAAUCUUGCUCAAGCAGUGCGAAGCAUUCAUCCAGAGAUAACCGAUGAUCAUUUAUUUCAGUUAGAGGCUUUAGUGAAGAAUGGUCUAUCAACUUCUUCCUCUAAAUGCAAACCUUCUUAAUGAAUAGUUGCUGUAAUUCCUCUUUGAAAACCUCCCCCUUUUAAAACGGCUUUCUGCUGAUUUUACUACCUCUGUUCUUCUUUCACUAUAUAAGUGCCCUCCCUCACUUCAAUUCUUGAUAAGAGGCACCUCCCUAAUAAGCCUCCAGUUAGAAAUUUUUUAUCUGUAAUGAACAAGCAUUUAAGUGUGUUUAGAAGUCAAUAAUUCACUGAAACUACAGUCAAAAAAAGAGGAGCAAAAAUCUUUCAAGGUGCAUAUAUUUUCAUAUUAAUCAGGAUAAUAUCACUGGGUAUUUAUAACUUGGUUACUUACAGAACACAACGAGCUCGCUGCCUCAGAUAAAACAAGGUAAAUUUAACACACCCCUGAAGAACAGAGAAUGACAAGCAUAGUAAUUACUGGUCAGUUAAUUAUUAUUAUUAUGAUAAUUAUUAUCAUA